AUGAAAAAUCGUUUUGAUUCGGCUGUACCAUACGAUCGUAAUCGUAUAGUACUGCGAGCAUCAAUCGGUUACGCCGACACCACUUACAUCAAUGCUAGCUCUCUUAAGGGCUAUUUCUAUCCAUACGUCCUCGCACAAGAUCCUGUUAGUGAAAAUACCGUGUUUGAUUUCUGGCGUAUGAUCUCGGAAUUGAAUGUAACGACAUUAGUUAUGCUUUCUAACGAGGAAGACUGGAGCCCUUCCGAAAAAUAUUGGCCAAGUGAGCUUCACGAAACAGCUGUUUAUCAGCGUGCUCCGUAUCACGUGACUGUACAGCUAAAUGGCGAGGAGCAUUUUCCAUAUUUUAUCACUAGAAAACUAAGCUACCGUAUGAAGGAGGACAACGUUGCUCGUAGUGUAGUCCAAUUCGCGUUCACAGCAUGGCCGUCAUCCUGCGUUGUGCCAACCUCAUCAGAGCCACUACUUUCGCUUGUUGGUCGAGUACUUGAAAGACAAAGUGGUCUGCCUGAUUCAGGACCAAUUGUAUUACACUGCAGGUUUGUCAAAGCAGUAUUGCUUAGUUUGUUCACAUCUAUGAGAGUCAUCUUGUUUUGA